CAGCAUCCACAUCAUUUUUAUUUUGGGACCAGCCCUGGCUGUGCACGAGGAGGAGCUGAGUUGUAUACAUAUCGCGUCCGACUUGUCUACACUACAAUAAGGCGGCGUGCACUUUUCAGCACCAGUUCUGCGUGGAUAGCCGCCCACGGAGCACCGCGGAGGCCAGCCGACGAAUGUGCGAUUCGUUUUCGGGGCAAGUUCAUCGCUCGGCUGACGUUCCGGAGACACCGUGUGGCGAGCUUGUUCCGUGCCACAAGGCCAUAGAUCGGUUAAAAAGACAAGUUUGGGCGGGCCUUAUUUGCGGUCUAGACGUUGCUGAAUGGCCGCAAAUGAAAGGAAACAAAGGUGAUAAAGAGUCUUCAUCCUAGCUGGUCGGUCGUGGCGAGCCGCGCCAGAGCUCCAUUGUGUGAGCAUCCCGGUGCUAUUUUUCACAGCCGCCCAACCCCCGGUGUCCCUUCCCACCCCCUCCCUUCCUCCCUUCCUCCCCUAACAGCAGCUACAACUCUUUUGGACUCACUUUUAGUUGGGGAGGGAGGGGGGGACCACGAGCCUUCCGUAAUGUGCUCCCGCCUUUGGUUCGUGACCGACCGACGUAUCAGUCAGGAGUAUCCCCAAAUUCAGAUCCUCCGGGCAUUGAAGGAGCGCUGCGCCGAGGAGGAUGUGGAAUUCCGUUCUCUUCUCAUGGAUCAGAUCGUCCUCACCAUCAGCGAGGGACAAUUGGGCCUGCAAGUGGACCAAGAAACGGUGACAUCUUAUCCCCAGGUGGUGGUGGUGCGAGUGCCCACGCCGUGGGUGCAGUCGGACAGCGACAUCACGGUUCUGCGUCACCUGGAGAAGAUGGGCUGUCGGCUGAUCAACCGUCCUCAGGCCAUACUCAACUGCGUCAACAAGUUCUGGACCUUUCAAGAGCUAGCCGGCCACGGCAUACCUUUGCCUGACACCUUCUCCUAUGGUGGACAUGACAACUUCCGAAAGAUGAUUGACGAGGCAGAGCCGCUGGGCUACCCGGUGGUGGUGAAGAACGCGCGUGGACACAGAGGCAAGGCUGUGUUCUUGGCACGGGACAAGCACCACCUGACAGACCUGUGCCACCUGAUCCGUCAUGACACCCCCUACUUGUUUCAGGAGUAUGUCAAAGAGUCACAUGGCCGUGAUGUACGUGUGGUGCUGGUGGGUGGCCGGGUCAUCGGUUCCAUGCUGCGCUGCUCCACCGAUGGACGGAUGCAGAGCAACUGCUCCCUUGGUGGCGUGGGGAUGAUGUGCCCACUGAGCGAGCAGGGCAAGCAGCUGGCCACCGAGGUGUCGAACAUCCUCGGCAUGGACGUUUGCGGCAUCGACCUCCUGCAGCUCAACAACGGCUCCUUCGUGGUGUGCGAGGCCAACGCCAACGUGGGCUUCAUCGCCUUCGACCAGGCGUGCGGCAUGGACGUGGCGGGCAUUGUCGCCGACUACGCCCUGUCCAUGCUCCCCAACCGCCUCACCCGUAAGAUGUCCUUGCUGUCGGUGGUGUCGAGCACCAGCGAGACCAGCAGCGAGCCCGAGGUGUGCCCCGUGCCCACUGUCGGCGGUUCCUUGCCGGAGGCUGUGUGCAACAUGAGCGUGGGCUCCACUUCCAGCGAGAGCGACCCCGAGCUGGCCGAGCCGUCUCAGUCGCCCCCCUGCCAAGCCUCCGGCUCGGUCCUCCCCGACCCGGCCUACAACUUCAACACGCUGCUUGCCAACGAGAUCAAGCUAUUGACUGAGUGAGAUGCACGCACCAGCAAACGCACACACGCGCACACACACACACACACACACACACACACACA